AUGCUUCUGCUUAGCUACUUGUGUGUCCUACUUGGACUUGGGCUCUCUUCCGCCAUUCCUGUUCAGAAGACUGAUGAUUCAAUGACCUGGACUCCAAGCACAUCCACCUCAGCCAGGCCCACUACGUCUGGAGCCAUCCAAACAACCUCUUCUUACCAGAGCUUUAGUACUACUGGAGUAACUUACUACGGAAGUACUGUAGUACCUUCUACUCCAGCUCCUGCUUCUGUCGGACCAUCUUGUGGAAACUGUACUCCUUCGGUAGUUUGGAACGACGUGAUCUUUUUGAUUGAUGCAUCCGCAGCUUCUACUACGAAGAAUGUCGGAGAUAUGUGGUCAUUCAUCCUCUCGUUCUGCGAAUCUCUUAAUGUUCAACGUAGCUCUUACACUGAUAAUCUGCAGUACGUGAGAGUUGGAGUUAUCGCAUACUCUGACGAUGUCAAAGUAGUGGCUGGCUUAGGAAGUGUAAGCUUCGAUGAUAUGUUUGAUUUGGAUAUCCCAUAUUUGGCUGGAGGAUUGAAAGGAACUAAUUUGGAGAAAGCCAUUACCACAGCCAGUGAGAUGUUCGAUUCUAGCGCUCACAGACCUAACUCUCGUAAAGUUCUGUUCGUCAUUGCUCCUGAUUACAACCCCGCCGGUACUACUGCUCCUCAGAAAGUUGCUGACACUUUUAAAGCAAACGGUGGAAUUCUUAUAGCAUUCGAGUACACACCAUCUGUUGGAGAGCCCAAUCCUGGUCUCAGAACUCUUGCUUCACCCAACUAUUUCUUGAACAAUCACGAUAACGGAAUCGACGAUGUACUCCAAGCACAAUGUGAUGCCAACUGCUUCUGUCUGCAGAACUACCUUGCUUAUGGAAACUCCGCUCGCGGCACUCCUGUUUCUGGAUGCUACUACCCCGUCGAUUUACCUAGUUCUUUCAUGAUCGGAAACAGAAAUUGUUUGAAAAAUUAUAACAACGGUUACAUAGCCUCAGUUCAAACUGCUGACAAGCAAAACUUCUUAACUUCAAUCACAAACAACUCUAUCUACAUCAUCGGAUUAGAGAACAAGAAUGGUGUCCUCCAAUGGAGUGAUGGAUCAAAUUUGGGAUCCUAUCAUCCAUACAGAAGUGGACCUCCUUCCUCUUCUGAUAUGGUCAUUGUCAACAACGGUUAUUGGGAUUUAACAAACAAUCGAAACGGCUAUUGGUACGUCUGUGAAUCGAGCCCUUGUUCCGCUAAUAAGUAUUGUGAUUCGGUCUAA